AUGAAAAAUACGGAUAAGCAGAUAAUGGAUCGAUCCUCUUCAUCUCCUCCUUGCACUGAUUUCAUCGAUCUGAUGAACAAUACUUGUGAUUCACUGGACGAUCAUCACCUGAAGCAGCGAAUCGGCGACAAUGGAGUGGAUGAGAUGGUUCCCAGCUAUGAUUUCCAGCCGAUUCGUCCUAACACCGCCGCCGUUGGAUUGUCUCACGACCUCGCCGGGUCGGAUUUUAAACCCAUUUCCACUUGGCCUAACAAGGUUUUAGGAUCUGUAGACUCUACUGAGACUGCAAAAGUUGUUCCUGAGAAGGUGUAUAGCAAUAGCGAUAGCGAUAGCGAGACGAUUAUGUGUGAGAUUGAUAGGACAAUGAAGAAACAUGCCGACACCUUGCUCCGUGUAAUGGAAGGUGUGAGUGCGCGUCUAACACUGCUGGAGACGAGAACCCACAAUCUCGAAAACCUGGUCGAUCAUCUCAAAGUUUCUGUUGACAAGAGUCACGGAAGCACCCAUGCGAAAAUGAGUCAGCUUCAAAAUAUCCUUGUUGAGGUGCAAAGUGGUGUGCAACUUUUGAAGGACAAACAAGAAAUUGUGGAAGCUCAACUUGAGCUUUCAAAGCUUCAUGUAUCCAAACUAGACCCCAAAACGCAAUCUGCUCAAUUGCCCGCACCACUCCCUUUGCCACUCUUUCCUCUUUCUUCUUCCCCUUCCGCUGCUACUCGUUCCCAGUUUUCUCCUCAACAAGACCCAUUUUGCCCUCCGCCUAGUCAUUCCCAACCAAACCAGCUUCCUCCUCUAACCCAGCCACCUCAUCAACCCCCACAGUACCGUCAGCAGGCACCGCCAUCAUCGGGUUACAACCCUGAUGAACAUCCACCAUACGCAAUGCAGUCCUACUUGCCAAUCCCUCCUCCUCAGCAGGCAACAGCUGGUUCUGCUCCUUCUCAACACUUGUACAACGCUCCUCACCCUCAACCAUCAAUGUUAGAUGGAGGGGGUGGUGGAUCAAGUUACUCACAGCUCUCAAAUUCAGAUCCGUUGCCAAUGGCUGCAGCCAGCAGCGGCACCGGCUCUAGCUCCCCGAGAUCAGAAAGCAGAGUCCCAAUCAAUCAUGUAAUCGACAGGGUGACGACCAUGGGGUUCCCAAGGGACCAAGUCAGAGAAACAGUGAGAAAACUGACUGAAAACGGUCAAGCCGUUGACCUCAAUGUGGUUCUAGAUAAGCUCAUGAACGAAGGAGCUUUGUUUGGCGGUCGGUAG